AACUUCUUCACCUACCUGACAAUGCAAGCUGUCUGGUGUAUUUUUAGAUGAAUUAAAAGGGUCUAACUCCACAAAGCAUUGUGAAGCCAGCCGUUUUACACUCUUGUGACUACCAAGUAAAGAUGAAACAGUUUGGGAUGACAUUAUUUGAAGUAAUGGAAYCAAUGCUCCAAGGCUUGCAGCUCGGAUAUUCCAGUGUGUUUUGUCAAUGAUCAUUGUUAAUGUAAGUUGAAAAUGAUACGUUUAUUUGCCAUGAAAAAAUUUUUCCUGAUAUUUAAUAUUUUGCUGUUUCUUCUAAUUGUCUUAUAUACUUGGGUAAACAAUUUCAGCAAGCCACGCAAUGCACUAUACAUACGGAAUAUUUAUUAUCAAGAAGCAGGUUCUUUCCCUGAUAUAUAUCCCUGCUACUACACAAAGUUAAGAAAGUUAACAAAUAAGACGGAGACCGAACCAAGUGCUUGUAAACCAUAUGUGCCUGAUAAGAAGUCUUGCCAGCAGAUAAAUGGAUAUUUUGGAAGUCCAAAGGACCCUCCAGAGAAUAAAAAAUGUCCAGGAAUACAGUAUACUGAUAUUUGUUGGUUUGGAAAAGAAAACAAGCUAUCAUGUUCUUCAAGAGUUUGUGGUAGUAACACAAUAUUGUUGGGUAAAAGAGAUAUCAAAUUAGGGCACAUUACUACAUGGACUUCAAUCAAUCCUUUCAGUACAGAAAAAGUCAUGACAUUUGUACAAGACACUCUAAAACAAGGAGAUACAUUCUGUUUCAUGAAGUGUGGUUCAAUUCUUCAAGCCCUUGUUUUCCCUCCUAAAUUAUUCAUCAAGAAAACUGACAGCAUGAAAASAAAAAUAAAUAUAAAUGUUGUUGUGUUGGACUCAAUUUCCAGACCACAUUUCUACCGGAUGAUGAAGAGAUCAGUUAAUGCCUUGCGAAAUGUGAUAUACAAGGAAUCAAUCCCUGCAACAGCUUUGGAUUUCGAACUUUUCCAAAGCAUUGGCACCAGUACGUUUGAAAAUAUCCGUGCUUUUUUCUCAGGAUUCUUUGUAGAUAACAAAGCAUAUGGUGACAAACAAGUUGAGCAACCAGUAGUCGGGAUGAAGGUCAUGUAUGACCAUUUCAAAAAACAAGGUUACCAAACARUAUUCCAAGACGACCUGUGCUGGUACGACUCUUGGGGAACUCUUCUGAGUAAUAUCAAGAUAACAGGAACAUCUACACCAACUGCAGAAAGGUGGACUAAGUACAAAGAGACAGCCAGUAAACAAAACAUAGAUCAYUAUGGAAACACAUUCUUUUCUUGUCAAGUUCUCAAGCAAUAUGGCAAAACAAAUCCCUUUGGAGACCCAGAGAAAGUUUGCUUAAAUGGUAAAUUCUACAGUUCUUAUUUUCUACACUACAUCAAGACAUUUUCUUACACAGUGAAAACGAUGAAAAAUGCUGCACCCUUUGUGUCRUACUURCAYAUUAACACUGGACACUCAGAAACUGGAAAACGAAUURGCAAUAUUGAUGGCGUGUUAGCAGAUUUCAUUUACAACAUGGCCAGCGACCCAUUCACGUGGACGAUUUUUUUCGGAGACCAUGGACACCGCAGRACAUCAUUUGCUUUGUCAACAACAAGUGGAGAUUAUGAACGCUAUAAUCCUCUGUCMUUCAUGAUAGUGCCUGAUAAGGUGGCUGAAAUACUAGGAAAAGAGAGAAUGAAUGCUUUAUUAAACAAUCAAAACCGUCUCGUCACAGUACUUGAUUUGCAUCGAGCGAUUAUGUCAAUCAAUGAUGAAAGAAAGCUUGAUUCCAACGACCCUAACGUGUCGGGUGUUCUUGCUGAUAUUUCAAGUAAACGCACAUGCAGUGACGUACCAUUGAUGCCUUUGGUAAAAUGUCAAUGUGUUGGAUCGGAAGAGAAAUUUGAUGACAAUUCACCCAAGAUGCAGUGGAUAGCAGAGUUUGCUUUAGGAAAGUUGAAUAACGACAUCCAAAAUCAAUAUUCAGGUGAAGGAAAGGAAAUCAAAGGCUUUGGAAACUGUAGACGAUUAGUUGGYACAUCGUUUCGUAAGAUCGUACAAACCAAAUCAGGUUCUCUAACAGUAUUCGACCUUCACGCAAAAGCAAACAGCCUUGAACAAGAAGAGGUGUUUAAAGUUGCUGUAGCUGUAGAAGGCAGACGAGCUGUCCUAAAGUCAUUUGAACGUCAGUCUACGUAUAACAUAUACAAAAACUGUGUUGAUAAAUCAGUAAACAUCAAACUCUGCUCAUGUAAUCGGGCACUAAACGACACAAACCCAACCCGCAUACUAACACUUCAAGAAAUGACAGCUUUGGCAAAGACUCCAAUGUUUGGCCUUGAACCUCAAAUCAAGACUCUGUAUGACAACUGUUUGUUACAAGUCACAAGGAACUAUUUUGAUGUGACRAUAGUAGUGGAGGUAGCCAACGCUUGUAAAGAAAAAACAUUUAAUAUUCGUGUUACUGGUGAUAUAUCGAAUGUGUUCUUAUCCCGGACAUUACCAAUGGCUAAUGUAGUUUAUCCUAAUACCUAUUCGUUUAUUUACGUGUCUACCAAACAAAGUGUAACGCAUUUUAAACUUAAGAUAUCUUUAAAAGCUACUAUUGCAUAGAAUUUUAAAUUGAUUAAAACAUUUUCAA